UUCAGACGUCGUAGCUGUGGUUUUAUUGGACUUAUCUCUGCGUUAACUCCUGUGAAAUGAUGUAUGUGAAGCUUUAGCUCUAUUAAGAGCAACAUCAGACUUCCCAUGUUCCAGAGGAGACAGUCAAGAGCCGAGACAGGGUCUGAUGAGGAAGUGUCCGAUUCUUUAGGUGGGUGAGAAAUCCUGCGGUGUUCUGGACCUGGCCGAGUCCUGGCUCUGAAACAGAUCAUUCUCACAGUGAACACAUGAACGAGCUGCUGGGCACAGUGUUUAAAAAUGAGCCAGUCAACACCUGAGCUGCCACCUCUGAUUGAAAAAUGGACGACAGCAGCCGUCCACCAGUGGUUACUGUCACAGGUCAAAGUUCAUCAGAGCUGGGCCGACAUAUUCACUGAAGAAGAAGUGUCGGGGGAAUAUUUAGUUCUCUUCGAAAAGAAAGACAUGUUGGACCUGGGAAUAAAACAUGGUCCUGCUGUCAAAAUCACAUCUUUCCUCCAAAGACUUAAAGAAGGAUCACAUCACAAGGCACAGUUCCCAGGAUAUGUGGAAAAAUGGACAAAGGAGCAGGUGAACCAGUGGUUACUGCAGCAUCUUAAGAUGUAUGGUAAAUACACAGAACAGCUCCUAGACGAAGAUGUGUCUGGAGACUGCCUCGUUUGCUUCAGCAAACAGGAUUUUCUGGAUCUGGAUAUAAAAAGUGGUCCUGCUGUGAAGAUUUUGGCAGAACUCCGUCAGUUGAACAAGAAACCAGAACCAACACUGACUCCAACCCCUCACACCAGCACAGGCCGGAGAGAAGCUCCAAAACCUGUUCAGGUUGGACAGAGUCUGGCUCAGGCCAAAGACACCAAACAACCAGAGUCAUCUGACAAAACCCAAUCAAAAACAGAAGAAAUGGAGGGAAAUGAAUCUGCAAAGGCUCAGCUGUCCAACAGGAAAGCUUCAGAGAGGGAGGACAGUCCACAGCCAGAGCCACACGGUUCUGUGACCACGACCCUCCUAGAAAUACCCAUGAUCACUGUGGAGAUCCAGAAAACGCUAGACAACCUUGUAAAAGACGACCUGAAAAGGUUUCAUUUCUACUUACAAGAACAAACACAAUCCAUGCAGAGACCUAUUCCUCGGGGCAAAUUGGAGGGCAAGGACACCAUGGACACUGCAAAGUUAAUGACAGACCACUAUGGAAAGGACAGCGUUUUACAGGCGACCAUAGAUAUUCUGAAAGAAAUCAAUCAGUGUCAGCUUGCUUCUCAGUUGGAAAAGAACAUGGGUCAGCUGAAGCAGCAGGGUCUUUCCAAAGGAGCUCUGAAGAAAGAAACAAACCAGGGUGACAAACUGAAGGAUUUGUUAACCUGUGGGGGAAAUUCACUGGAAAACUAUGACAGAUUCAUUGUUGUUGUGAACAGGAGCAGACCAGAACAAGUGCAGUAUCUACAGUUUCUGAGUAAACUGAAACUGUUCUCUGUGUUAGACUUUGACCCCGACUCUGCUGUUCCAGGUGGACUGUGUCUCUCCUACAGAGAGUUAAGAAUGGCCAAUCUCCAUACUCCUUCACAGUAUCAAGGACAGACUGACUCGGUGAUAAAGAACCUGAACCUCUAUAAACAGACUAGCUGGGUUUUCUGUAAUGGCAGACACGAUCUUGACAACGACUCAAACAAGAAUUUAGACUACAGGAACUGGCUGAGGAAAUCUUGCAGAGAUGUAGAACAGCUGGUUUCAUUCAUUUGCAACCCUGAGGUUCUUGUCCAUGGCAGGAGACUCAUCCUCUUCCUUCUACUUUCACCUGUAGACACUGAGAAAGAUCCGAUCUUUGACACCUAUAAGUCUUUCAUUAAACACAUUGAGGAGGGGAGCAUCAUCACCAUCUGUGAAUCUCAGAGAACAUAUCUGAAAUGGAGAGAGCUGAUACAAGAGAAGUGUGACUUUGACAUCGAGCAUUUAUCCAUUUACGAACUAUCCCUCAGUGAGGUGAAUGGUACUAUCAUGGCACUGGGACCAUUCAAUCAUUCCUCUGGGAGGCUGCUUCCCUCUUCUGGUUCCAGUGCUGUUGUCUUGAAACAGAAGGAUGAAGAUUUCAUGACUGCUCUGGAUAUUCUGUGUCUGAAUCAGUGUGAAAACACCUGUGAUGAAAACAAUGGAGACUUAAAAAAAGAAGUUGAGAAGGAAUUCUACCGGGGUGGCAAAGUCAAAUGGUGGAACUUCUACUUCUGUGACAAGGACAAAGAGAAGCCAUUUGUCAAGCGGGACAAGUAUGAAAAUGUGAAGAAGAUGAUCAAGUCUCAGUUGAGAGAUUCAAAAAACAUGUGUGUUCUGCUCAAUCUCUUCCACGAUCCAGGAUGUGGUGGUACCACAUUAGCAAAGCAUGUGAUGUGGGAUCUCCGCCAAGAGUUCAGAUGUGCUGUCCUGAAAGACAACACACAUCCAAAACCAGAAGUUGCCAUUCAGGUUAUCAAACUAAUGAAGCUUGAAAGUGAGAAACCAUCUCCAGUUUUGCUGUUAGUUGAUGAUUCAAAAGAAACAGAGAAUCCUCAUGAUCUUGUUUACUGCAUAAGUAAAGCUGCAGAAGAGAACUUCUCUAACAUACACAUGGAUGAUACACAAAACUGCAAAGUCAUCAUCCUCAACUGUGUUCGGUCCCAUAGCCCAAAGACACAGUACAAACAGCACAAUCCAACACAAAGCCAAUACAUAACUGCUCAACUGACACAGGAAGAAAAGACAGAGUUUGAAAAGAAGCUUAAUGAGCUCAAAGUAACCCACGAAAAACCUGAAAACUUUUACAGCUUCAUGAUCAUGAAGAGCAAUUUUGACAAAAAAUACAUAUUUGACCUUGCUCGAAACACACUGGAUAAGUUUGACUUCAGCACAAAGAAAGCCAAACUGUUUGCUUUUCUAGCCUUACUGAACACAUAUGUGUCAAAGUCUGAAAUCUCUCUCACUCUCUGUAAGGAUUUUUUGGAGAUAAAAAUGAUUCACUGGCAAGAGGACAGCAUACUGGAGGAAAUGACACCAUAUUCAAACUUUCUCAUCAUAGACACAGUUGAAGAAUGCGGGGGAUACAAAGGAAUCCGAAUCCUUCAUCAAUCCAUAGCAUCUGCGUGUCUGGAAGAGCUGGAGAGGAGCUACUAUUUAAAAGUCAGCGAUAUCACUAUGGAGAUUCUUCACUGUGAUCUGUUCUUCAGUGUUGGAGUUGUCAAACACGGAUUCAUGCCCUCAAUUAAACAAAUGCUGAUUCAAAGGCAACGCAAGAAAGUUGGAGAUGAGAGAGAAACAUUUUCUCCUCUCAUAUACAAAAUCCAAAAACAAGAGAGACAAACUGUCCAAGAAAUCUUUGUAAAAGCGUCAUCGAGGUUCGUAAAGAGUGCAUCCAUUCCUCAGGCACUGGCAAGAUAUUUGUACAUCAAUGAGAGUGACUACUCAGAAGCUCUGAAAUGGGCUAAAAAGGCCAAGAACAUCAAAGAAAAUCCAUACACAUUCGACACAAUUGGGCAAGUAAACAAAUACAACUUGAAAUCAAACAUCCACAGAGAAAAGCAAGAGACAUCGCUCAAUCCAGAAGACUUAAACACAAACAUCAGAAUAGCUGAUAAUGCUAUCAGAGCAUUUAAAAGGGCUCAGGAACUGGCAAAUACAGAGGACGAACCUGACGAGGAAGCAGCUGAUGAUGAGUCAGAGGACUAUCCCAGAAAGUCUUAUACUGUCUACGGCUACGUGGGCGUGCUGGAAAUUGCUUUCCUGAUCUUUGAGAUACUGAGCAGACUGCCAUUCUUUGAGGAAAGUGAUCCAAUGAAGAAGAAGUACCUGCAGAGUUUUCUGCAAAAAGCAAUGCCCAUCACCAACGUGUAUAAAGAGGACAAUGAGAUCAACAACAGAUACGUGGAGAUCAUCAGAGAACAUGAGCAGUUUCUCCUCAAUCUGAAAACUGAAGUAAAAGAAACCUUUGAACUUCUUGAUUGCUACUUCACCUAUAUAAAAGGGAACAAUUCAGAAUUUGACUCAAAGAAUUAUUGUACCAUCUGUAGUCAUUUUAAAAAGUAUGUAACUCUUUUUUGCAGAACACCAGAGGAUAUAAAAAAAGAACGACAGAACAAUCCUAAUCUCAAUCUGAAAAUCGAUAUUGAAGAACGAAGAUUGUUUCUUGAAGAGAAACAGGCAGAUACAUUCACUGGGAUUCUUCAGCAUUUGGACAAACCUGCCGAAGAAAUCGAGAGGAUCACAGAAUGCUACGCAUUUGUGCAACAGCAGCAGCAGUUUAUCAACAAAAAACAAAAGACCAAGGAAACAAUCAAUUACAUCUUGUCAAACAUAGUUCUUUACCUUCUGAAACCAAAAUCCAAACACGUGAAGAGCUGCAGCUUCCUCUCUGAUCUCCUUUUGAAAACUCUUCAAGAUGUAGGACUCAGGUACCCCUUCCCAGACCCAUACUACCUGGCUCUGCUGUUACUCUGGCCAAGUCCUGGUCAGGAGAACACAGAAAUUGGGACAUAUGUGAGAGCAAUUCGAAACUCAUCGCCCAAGCGCUUCAUCUUAUUGUUUCGAAACAGAAGCACAGUCGCCCACCUCUACUUGGGGAAAGAAGAGGGACUCAGGAGGCUGGUUUCUAAACCUCAACUAGAUGAGAACUUCAAACACAUGCGCCGUGAUGAUUUGGCACAACUUUGGCGGAACGGAAACAUAUUUAAGGACAAAGCAAUUAUCAACCGUCUUCUUCGAGUCAGUGGAACCAUUGAGCAAGGAAAGGUGUUUGCCAGUUAUGGAAAACUGAAAAUCCCUGUGCGCCCAGCUCUUCUUGCAGCCAUAGGAAGUGGCUUCAGCACUGAAAAGGUUUCCUUCUACCUUGGUUUUGCUAUUGAUGGACCCCUAGCUUAUGAUAUUCAGUAUGAAAACUAGGGUAGUUACAAACACUGAGAAAUCAACAGCAUGAAAAAUAUGUGUACCAGCCAGUGAGUCACUGUGAAGGAAUUUUAAACACACCUAAUAAAAGCAAGAGA